AUGCACGAACACCUCAAUGAUUAUAAUAAAAUACUUGUUGAUUUAGCAAACCUUCAUGUGAAAAUUCCUGAUGAGGAUAAGACACUAUAUUGGUUAAAUUCACUACUUGAUGAUUAUGAUCAUGUGACAACUACUUUGUUGUAUGGAAAAUUCGAAGGGAAACUUGAUGAGGUGUCUGCGGCAUUGGGUUACUGGAAGAAAGACUGCCCCAAAUUGAAGAACAAAGAGAAGGAGAAAGUGGGUUAUGAAUCAAAUUUUGCAAAAUCUGGAGAUGCUAAUUUCGAGUUUGCCUUGGCUAGUUCAUCUAUUAAUGGUCACUCGAAGGAGUGGAUUUUGGAUUCAGAUAUGAAGAAGAAUCUUAUCUCAUUGGGCACAUUGGAAUCCAAGGGUCUUAAGAUCACCAUGGAUAGUGGAGUUCUUAAAGCUGUGUACGGGACACGAGUGGUGAUGAAAGGUAUAAGACUGAAUAACUUGUAUUUCUUGUCGGGAAGUACAAUUAUUGGUAGAUCAGUUGUCACCAAAGCUACUUACGCAGAUAUCACAGACACUACGAGGUUAUGGCAUAUGCGUAUUGGGCAUGCUGGUGAAAAGGCGUUGCAAGGAUUGGUGAAGCAAGGCUUAUUAAAAGGUGUGAAGGCAUGCAAAUUGGAAUUCUGUGAACACUGUGUGCUGGGUAAGCAAACGAGAGUGAAAUUUGGCACUGCUAUUCACCACACUAAUGACAUUCUAGAUUAUGUUCACACUGAUGUUUGGGGACAUUCUAAGAAUGCAUCUUGGGGAGGUAGCCAUUAUUUUGUCUCCUUUGUUAAUGACUUCUCUAGAAGAGUAUGGGUGUACACCAUGAAGUGUAAAGAUGAACUCUUGAAGAUAUUCCUGAAGUGGAAAAAGAUGAUUGAAACUCAAACCGAUCGAAAGAUCAAGACUCUCAUAUCAGACAAUGGUGGCGAAUACAAGUAUGAUCCUUUCUUGGAAGUUUGUCAAGAUUAG